UUCAACUUGUGUACGGCCUUUUCGUGUUUGGUGUCGCCGACGGCGCUCUGAUACGCAAGGCUGCCGCGCAGAGGCGUCUCUGGGGUCCACCGUUUUGCUCGCCUCUGUUCUGGAGAGGCGCCUGUACCAACCAGUUCGCGUGUACAUACACCCGGUGUCGUCAGCUUCUGGAGAAAGACUUGUGGCGGCCCGUGCCUGGAGGGUGGACCUCUAGGAGUGUCAGACAGUUGAGGAUUCCGGCUUUCUGUUCUCUCGCUUUCGCCUGUCCCGUUCGCCGCGUCCGUCGGACGCCUGAACAACGCUUUUCUCGAGCGACGUCGACUUCCCGCCGCUCAGACAAAAUGAGUUCCGAGCAGAACGAGCACUCGUCUGCGGCGCCUCUGUGCGCGAACAACUGUGGCUUUUACGGCAACCCUGCAAACAGAAAUUUGUGCUCCAAGUGCUACGUCGAGUUUUUGAAGACGCAAGCUGCUUCGGCGACGCCGUCGCCACCGAGCGCCGCUGCUCAGAGUUCGUCGAACCAGUCUUCUGUCAGCGCAUCUUCGCUCUUCUCUGCAGACAGUUCUGCCGCCAGUGUCUCCGUCUCCAGUUCUUGUGACGUCGCUGCCUCUGCUUCUGAGGAGAGCGCGUCUUCGCCAGCCAGCGCCUCGAGUGUGUGUGCACCGGAGACAGUUGCCCCCGUCGCGUCUUCUGACGUCGAUGUCGUUGGGAAAGGGAAUGCACAAACUGCAGGUUUGCCGGUACAGACGAAGAAGGAAGAAGCAGACGGCGCGAGCAAUGGAGAAAUGCAUGCAGCUUCACCUCCGGGAGGAGCCUCCCCCGCCGAUGAGAAACCUAAGCAGGUGAAGACCAACCGCUGCUGGCUCUGCAACAAGAAGGUCGGACUGCUGGGCUUUCAGUGCCGGUGCGGCUAUUACUAUUGCGGCGAGCACCGAUACGCAGAUAAGCAUGACUGCCAGUUCGACUAUAAGACGUUUGAGCGGGAACAACUGCGGAAGCACAACAACAGAGUUGUGGCCGAUAAACUGCAGAAGAUCUAGCGAGACAAAGUUUUCGCGUCUGUCGCGCAGCCGCGGGAGAACUCUGACGCGUGCUAUGCGACCAUUUUUCUCGGAAUGCCGCUCAGAUGAGCUGCGAGGGAAAGAAAACUGCAGACGCUCUUCGGUGUGCACAGGCUUUGAGUUCCUGUGUCUGAGAACCACCCGAAAGUAUCCGCAUUCAGGAACGUAGGCGUUUUCACUUGGCGUCGGCCUAGCGUCUCCAACGAGAGUAUGUAGUGCGUCAGAGAAAUCCUAGAUUAAGUCCUGCUCGCUCGAGGGAGUUUUCUCUUGGUAUGUAUCCGAAGGGAUGCACAGGAGACACGGAAAACUUUCAGUGGAGAAAAUCUACUUUAUGGCGACUCAGACGUCUAGCUACACUGGACAAAAAAAAUUCGGUAAAGACUCACCAGGCAGUCCAUUGUGAAAGGUCCGCAAAGCAGCUGGAACAGACUGGCAGAAAAGCCAUCUCAUUUUCAGGGGAAAAAAACAGGGAGAGUCACGAACGCGAAAACAAGAGAACUGCAGAAGUCUCGGUCUCUAAAAAAAACGAAAACCACAUUCGUGGAAGAAAACGUAUGUGUCGUGUAUUUAAACUCCAGGCACACACAUAUGCACAUAUAAUAUAUAUAUAUAUAUAUAUAUAUAUAUAUAUAUAUAUAUGUCCAUCUAUAUGUAUAUAUGUGCGUAUAUAUUUGUAUAUGAUUGUGUAUGUAUUUUAAGUGGAGAAAUCAAGAAUUAUAGAGGUGUAGGUGGAGAGAAACAAAUAGUUCGAGAGGGGCAGAAUGUAGAUGAUCUUUUCUUUCAGAUGAACAGCCUCUGUGUCGAAGGUCUUCGUCACAGUUCCAUAUGCGCGUAGAAAGAGAGCAAAGAUGUUACAGUUUUUCGGAGGGUCGAUGUUUAAAAUGGGUCAAGUGCUGCACUGUUCUGGCUCUUGAGAGUUUCGUAGCGCUGCCUGUGACAAAACUCU